AUGAAAUUAAAAGAGUUCUAUUCGACCGUCACUUGUAGUGAAGAAAAUGCCACUGCAUUUUUAAGGGAGCAUGGCUUAAUAGAUACUGCCAACGAAACGCUACCAUGCCAUAAGUACGGUAGUGAAAUGGUAAAUAGUAGAAAACGCGAUCGCGGGGGUGAAUUUCGUCCGGUUCUUCGGUGCAAAAUAAAAAAGGGUGCCAGACUUCUCGCAGUGUACGACAAGGCAAUGAAUUUUUUCACUAUGAGGACUUGA